GCCGAGCCGCGCCGAGCCGCGCCGCGCCGGGCGGCCCGGGCUCCCCGCCGCCAGCAGAGAGGCUCCGUCGCGGCUCUGCUCCAAAAUGCACAGAACCACCCGGAUAAAGAUCACGGAGCUCAAUCCCCACCUGAUGUGCGCCCUGUGCGGCGGCUACUUCAUCGACGCCACCACCAUCGUGGAGUGCCUGCACUCCUUCUGCAAAACCUGCAUCGUUCGCUACCUGGAGACGAACAAGUACUGCCCCAUGUGCGAUGUCCAGGUGCACAAAACCAGGCCCCUGCUCAGCAUCAGGUCAGACAAAACCCUGCAGGAUAUAGUGUAUAAACUGGUCCCGGGGCUUUUCAAAGACGAGAUGAAGCGGCGGCGCGACUUCUACGCCGCCUACCCCGUGGCGGAGGUGCCCAACGGCUCCAACGAGGACCGCGGCGAGGUCGCCGAGCAGGACAAGGGCGGCCUGGCGGACGACGAGAUCGUCAGCUUGUCCAUCGAGUUUCACGAGGGAACGAGCAAACUCGGGCUCCUUCCUCUCCCGGUUCCCGACGCCCCGUGUUUGAUCCCCUCCCCGCCGUUCCCGGCUUUUUCCUCCCCGCUUCCUCGCGGUCUCGCGUUUGCUUUUCUCCCCCCUCCCCGCCCCGGCAGAGAGGAGAAGAGCGGCGCCGUGGAGAACGGCGACGCGCAGAAGGAGAAGAGGACCGGCGUGCGCUUCCUGCGCUGCCCGGCCGCGAUGACCGUCAUGCACCUGGCCAAGUUCCUCCGCAACAAGAUGGAUGUGCCCAGCAAGUACAAGGUGGAGGUGCUCUACGGGGACGAGCCGCUGAAGGAGUAUUACACGCUGAUGGACAUCGCCUACAUCUACCCCUGGAGGCGGAACGGGCCGCUGCCGCUGAAAUACCGCGUCCAGCCCGCCUGCAAGCGCCUCAAGCUCUCGCAGCCCCCCAACUCCGAGGGCACCAACACCAGCGGCGCCUCCGAGUGCGAGUCCGGGAGCGACAAGGCGCCCAGCCCCGCGGCGCUGCCCCCCGCCGCCGCCGCCGCACCGCCCGGCCCCGCCGCGCCGACCCACGGCUCGCCCGGCUCCAGCGGCCCCGCCGGCACCGGGCCCCUGCUCAACGGCACCUCGAACUGCCCCCCGCUGCCCCCCGCGGCCCCCCGCUGCCGCAAAACGACUCUCAACGGCGGCACGGCCAAUGCCUUGACCUAAGAGCCACGCUGGCCCCGCUUUUAUAUAUCUAUAUAUAUUAUAUAUAUAUACAUAUAUAUGUGUACAUAGGGAGAAAAAAAAAUUAUACAUACUUAUUUUCUAUUGAUUGACCAGAUUAAUUUAAGAUGCAAAGAAGACACAUAAAUGUGGUUGGAUAUUUUUAAAUGUUUUUUUUUUUUCUUUUUAAUUAUUAUUUUUCAUUGUUUUAACUUAAUGCAAGCUGCAUGCCGGAGCCAGGCGUCCCGCAGGCGCUGCCGUCUGCUUUUGCUCAUUUUCUGUAACGCUUUUCCCUCUUCUCCCCCCAACCCCCCGGCCUCUCGCGCCGCCCGGAGAGACGGGGCCAUAAGCAGAGGAGCCCGGAGGCGCAGGUAAGGGCCAAGCACAGGUAAGGGCCAAGCACAGAAGCCAAAAUCUCCCCGUCCGUGCAGCCGGGGCGCCGCGGCUUUGCCUCGCCAUGUCUUUACCUUGCCGUGCACAUUGCUGUUUAUUUUUUUAUUAUUAUUAUUUAUUUUGCUUCCCCUGUGUGGUUUCUAGCCAGUGUUUCAGGCUCUGAUCUAGCAAAGCCUUCUCGUUAUGCACAGUAAGUAAGCUUUUCGCCCCCCCUUUUUUUUCCCCUCCGCUCAGCUAAAGAUCGCGCUCGCGCCUCGGCGCUGCACGUCCCCGCGGGGGAUGUGGGAGCACGAGCCCCCUUGCACAGCGUUUGCCCCUUUGCAAGGGCGGCCGGGGAGCGACCGUCCCACCCUCUCCUCCUGUCCCCGCGGUGCAUUUUUUUUUUCCAAAAAAUAAACGACUACAGUGCCUUUAGCCAGGAGGUUUUCGGGGAAGGGUGAGCGCGGGAAGGUGCUGCCGGGCUUUGGGCACGGGCCUGCGCGCUCCGGGGAGAGGGGACCGAGUUUCCACAUUGCAAAAGCACACGAUUCCCCGGGGGCAUGCGGAGCCCUGGGGGGGUUAUCUUUUAUCCCCCUCCAUUGGGGGGGUGGAUGAACGGCAAAAAAAAAAUAUAUAAGCAAGUGCCUGCAGAGCCCAGGUGGUGGCGCGGGAGGGGGAUGCUGCGGCGGCGGUGUGACGGCACACGGAGAACCAAAGGAAAACAGCAUGGGAAUUGUAUGAACUCCAAAGGUCAGGAAACGUGGGAUGUCACUCUUGUUAUUUUUCUUCUUUUUUCCCCCCCUUUUUUUAAGUAGUGCACCCCCCAUGAUGAACUUUACAGGCAUCUUUGCAAGCACAGCGGCCGCCCGGGCAGCGCUCGCGGGGGCUGCCCGGUCCGUCCCGCCGGCGCGCGGUGCCCGCGGGUCUGCCGCCCGGGGCCGGACCAUGGGCUGGAAGCGUGUCGGGGAGGGGGGCUCCAUUCGUCUCGACUUUGACACCCCUUUUUUCCUUGUAAAUAGGCCAAAAUGGACUGAGGGAGGCGGCAGAAGUGCCUCGACCUGGGGUUUGCGUGGGGCGUCGGGGAGGCGGUCGUUUUUUCUUUUUUUCUUUUUUUCCCUAUAUGGUACAAACCAAAUUGCUCUGUACGUUUGCAUCCUGUACGACGUUUUAAUGUCCUGUAAUAUAUUCUGAUAUUCACGUAUCGUUAUGGGUUAAACAUUUGUAUAACUAUACAGCUUUGUAAAUGUAAUAAACGCCGCAGACUGUCA